AUGCAAGCAUAAGCAAAUGUUUAUUAGUUUGAAGCUGAGCCACAAGUAUCUCACCCAAAAUACCGCGAUUAAGAAUUAUAUGAGGAACUCACAGACCUGCCUGAUGAUGAAUCUAGGAUAAAACCAGAUUAUUAUAUUGAUCGACCUGUAUGUGUAACUUAAUAGUCAAGCCAACUCCGGAAUAUAAGCCUUUGCCUAAGGGAAGAGAUGUGGAAACUCAGAUUGAAUCCUAUGAGCCUGAUUUGUUUGAUUACAUUUUAGAGGUGGAGCCGGUCUUAUAAGUUUUAGUGGGCAAAUCAGUAGAAUAGGCGAGGAUGGAAUUGAUUGAAGAAUUAGAAAGGCAGGAGUUGUAGAUAUAGAAAGCAGCCUUUGAAAAAAAGCGAAAUGCUGAAUUAAUGGUAACUUAGAGAAUGGAAGCAGCAUAUGUUAGAAGAAAAGAGGAAAGAGUAUAUAAUUAUAAUGAUAAUUUUCUUAGGAAAGGAGAGUGUUACAACACAAAUUGCAUUAGGAUUAGAUGAAACUGUCAUAAUAAAAAUUCAUAGCAAGAACCCUAUCCAAGAAUGUGGUGAAGGGUGUGAAUUAUAGAAUUCUCAAGGAUCUUGAAAAUUUGGGAUUAUUGAAGAAUGAUUAUUUAUUAGAAUUAAAAGUUCACUCGUUGCCAUGGUUAAUUCAGAGAAUCAAGUAAAAUUGUGAUAGCAAUUAAAAUUGUCUUGAUAAUAUCAAUCAUCUCUUGGAAGAAGUUCAAAACCCAAUUACAUAAUAACAUUCAAGUUUUUAUCAGCAAGAAUAACAAAGAAGAAAAGCAAUAUUGGAUGAGAGAGAAAGGAUCAGAAUUGAAAUUGAAGAGCGUAAGAAGAGAAAGGCUGAAAUCAAAAGGAGAAGAGCAUUAAAAGAAAAAAGAGAAAUAUAGAGAGGGGCAAUUUAUAAUCUCACACUCUCUAAAGCCGAAUCCCUCAAUUCAAUAUUUUAGGCCAACAUCUAGGAAGGUACCACAGAAGUAGGAUAAAAGGGAGUUGUUUUACACUUGGAUCUCUUUCUUCUAUUGGCAGAAGGAUUAGAUUUAAUUACUGGAGAUUAAUUGGAUUAAAUAGACGAAUCAAUCAUUUAAACUAUUUGGAUGGAUAUCUUAAUGAAUAAGUGUAAUGCAUUCAAUAUCACUGUAAAUUCUUCCCUUUAACAAAUCAUACAAGAAGCAUUUGCAAAAAUGGAAGAAGAUUUAUACAUAUUUGAGAAAAAUUCUAAAUAAGCAACAAUUGAUCAACUUAAAAAUUAAACUCCAUUUUGGGCAUCCUAUGUUUCUUAAUAAUAUGUACCCAACAUUAGAAAGAUCAUAUUGAAUAAAAUAUUGGAUGGAUUCUUUGAUAUUUAUUUUAAAUCUGUGAAUUAUAAGGAACCUAAACCAAAAACAGAACUUAAAAUAAAGACUGAAGAAGCUGACCAAUAGUAAUAAUAAAAUGACUAACCUCCUCCUUAAUAACCAGAAGAUUAAUAGUAAUAAUAAUAACCAGAAUAAGUUGAAUAACAGCCAAUAGAAGAUGAAUAUCAAAAACCUGAAAUUACAUAGCAUGAUUUAGAUAUGGUGGAAGCAAGAAAGAAAAUUAAUCUCAUCUUUAAAUAACCGCAAAAUUAGCUUGAGAAUGUCACUGCAGUAGUCAAUUUACUUGUGCCUUGUUUUGUUGAAGAGUAACCUGAGUAAUAAUAAGAUCAAGUCAAUCCUGAUUCUUAAUAAGCAUCGCAAUAAUAGACCACGGAAUUGUAGUAGUAAUAAGAAGUCACUGAACCUGUUAAACCUGUUGGAAAAUGGGAUUUUGAUCCCAAGACAAUAGAUAUUUAUGAUGGAGAGUAGCCAUUGAUUCAAGAAGGGGAAAGAUAAGUUGUGGAUUGCUUAUUUUAAUAUGCCUUCUAAGAGUAGGUCAUUGUGAAUGAUGAAAGGGCAGUUGAAUUUUGUAGAUUUUAAAUUUAUACUUAUCUGAAGGAAAAGUAUUUUAUUCUAUUUAAUUCUAGAUUGGAAUCCUUUUUAAAUGUUCCUGAAUUUUAAAGUCUUUAAUUUAAGAAGCUAAAAUAUUCCAAUCUUAAUGUCCCAAUAUAUGAUUUCGAAUUAUGA